CAUAAGGCACUUCCGUCCGGGUUCAGCGCUUCCGGGAGCCCGGGACGCGGGCUUCAGGCAUGGGGUUAGCCGGCCUGGCGCGGCUGCAUGGGCUCUUCGCCGCCUACAAGCCCCCGGGGCUAAAGUGGAAGCAUCUGCGCGAUACCGUGGAGCUGCAGCUUUUGAAAGGUCUCAAUGCUGGGAAGCGUCCUGCCUCUGAACAUCGUGUUCGCUUCCUGCUGGGCCCCGUGGAAGGCAGUGAAGAGAAGGAGCUGACCCUCACAGCCACCAGCGUGCCCAGCCUCAUCGACCAUCCGCUGGUACGUGGACCAGCAUUCACCAGCCUGAAGAUUGGCAUGGGGCACCGACUGGAUGCCCAGGCGUCUGGGGUGCUUGUGCUCGGCGUGGGACGUGGACGAAGGCUCCUCACCGACAUGUACAACGCUCACCUCACCAAGGAUUACACAGUACACGGCCUCCUGGGCAAAGCCACAGACGACUUCUGUGAGGACGGGCGGCUGGUGGAGAAGACGACGUAUGACCACGUGACCAGAGAGAAGCUGGAGCGAAUCCUGGCCCUGAUCCAAGGUUCCCAUCAGAAGGCUCUGGUGAUGUACUCCAACGUUGACCUGCAGACCCAGGAGGCCUAUGAGAUGGCCGUGAGCGGCGAGAUCCGGCCCAUGAACAAGUCCCCGAUGCUGAUAACUGGAAUCCGAUGCCUCCAGUUUGCGCCUCCAGAAUUCCUCUUAGAGGUGCAGUGCAUGCAUGAGACGCAGAAGCAGCUGCGAAGGCUGGUGCACGAAAUCGGCCUGGAACUGAAGAGCACCGCUGUCUGCACCCAGGUGCGGCGUACACGUGAUGGUUUCUUCACCCUGGACGAUGCCCUUCUAAGGACCCAAUGGGACCUACCCAGCAUACAGGAUGCCAUCCAGUCUGCAGCACCCCGAGUGGCAGCAGAGCUGGAGAAGAACUUGAGGCCGGGGCUGGGCACCCAGCAGCCCUCCAGUCCAGGCUGGCCCUGGGACUCCGAGGGACCAAGCUCUGCCUUGGGGCUGGAGAGCCGUGCGGGACAUUGAAAGGCCAGGCAGCUGCUGGAGCAGUGGGUGUAUAAAGAUAAGAAUUGUUCAUGAGCCAGAACUGAUGACUGUGCAGAAUGUGGGGGGGGCGGGGGGCGGGAGCUUUUUAACACGUGACAGAAAACCCUGAAGCUGUAAGAGAAAAGAUCAACAGGGACUUCCGUGGUGGUCCAGUGGUUAGGACUUGGUGCUUUCGCUGCCAGGGCCCCGGGGUUCAAUCCCUGGUCAGGGAACUAAGAUCCUGCAAGCUGCACGGCACGGCCAAAACCAAAAAAAGAUCAACAGACUUGGCCUAGUUAAAAAGAAAAAAACUUCUGUACAGAAGAAAAGAUGCUAAACGAAUGACAGACUGAUAAAAAUAUUUGUUAUAUAUUUAAGAACUAAUAUCUAUAAUAUAUAAAGAGCUCUUAUAAAACAAUAAGAAAAAGAUGACAAGAAAAUGGGUCAAAUGACAUGAAUUGUGUGUUUAUACAGCAGAAGAAAUCCAAAUGGCCAGUAAACCUGAAAUGAUGCUCAACCUCUCUAAUAAUGAAAGACAUUCAGAUGAAAAUGAGAUGACUUUUCCUUGCCUUUCAAAUAAAUUAAGAAAAGAUAACACCCAGUAUUGGGAAGGAUGUGAGAAAUGGGCAACCUGUACUGUUGGCAGGAAUAUACAACUGUGUAACCUUUUAGGAGUAAUUUGGUAGUAUGUAUCAACAUUUAAAAUAUUCCUGCCCUGGGGAAUUCCCUGGUGGUCCAGUGGUUAGAAUUCAGCACUUUCACUGCCGUGGCCCGGGUUCAGCCCCUGGUCAGGGAACUAAGAUCCCACAAGCCUCACAGCGUGGCCAAAAUAGAAUAGAGUAAAAUAAAAUAAAAUACUCCUGCCCUAACCAACAAGGACCUACUGUAUAGCACAGGGAACUAUACUCAAUAUUUUUAAUAACCUAUAAGGGAAAAGAAUACAAAAAAGAAUAUAUAUAACUGAAUCACCUUGCUGUACACCUGAAACUAACACCACAUUGUAAAUCAACUAUACUUUAAUAAACCAACAAACAAAUACUCCUGCCCUAUGACUUAGCGGGUACAGUUUCAGGAAUCUGUCUUCUGGAGUAGGUUGCAGAAUGUUUUAGGUACAUAGGUGUUCAUGGCUGCACUGUAAUAGUAGCCAACAGGAAAUGUGGGGACUUCCCUGGUGGUCCAGUGGCUAAGACUCCAUGCUCCCAGUGCAGGGGGCCCAGAUUGAAUCCCUGGUCAGGGAACUAGAUACCACAUGCCACAACUAAGAGUUUGCGUGCUGCAGCUAAAAAGAUCCGGCAUGUGGCAAUGAAGAUCCCGAGUGCUACAACUAAGAUCCGGCGUAGCCAAACAAAUUUUUUUUAAAAAAACAGGAAAUGUGAUUACCAUCCAUCAGGAAGGGACUGGUUAAAUAAAUAUGGCAUGUGCAGGGUCAAAAGUCUCUAUUCUUGGGACUUCCCUGGUGGUCCAGUGGUAAAGAAUCCACCUUCCAACGCAGGGGACGCGGGUUCGAUCCCUGGUCGGGGAACUAAGAUUCCCACAUGCUGUGGGGCAACUAAGGCAGCACACCACAGCUAGCGAGCCCGCGUGCCACAAACUACAGGGCCCACAUGCUCUGGAGCCCGUGCACCACAACUAGAGAGAAACCCGAGAAGACCUUGCACCGUAAUGAAAAGAUCUCUCAUCCCUCAACAAAGAUCCCGUGUGCCACAACUAAGACCUGACGCAGCCCCCACCCCACAAAAAAAGGGAAAAUAAAUAAAUAAAUAAUUUUAAAAAAGUCUCAUUCUCUUGGUUUUGGACACCUUGGCCUCAUGUGUCUUUUUUUUUUUUUUUUGGCUGCACGACACGUGGGAUCCUACUUCCCUGACCAGGGAUCGAACCCGCACGCCCUGCAGUGGGAGCACGGAGUCUUAACCACUGGCCCGCCAGGGAAAUUCCUUGGCAUGAUUGUCUUUUAACCUCUUUCCAUGUGGGUAUUUCCCACUCAGAACACUUGGGCUAGAAGGAGCGAGUUAGCCUCUGGCCAGGGCUCUGAUUUGUGCCCUGAAGGGGAGCACUGCAUGUCUCUUGUCCUUGCUGUUCCCCUGGGAGAGGGGGCCCAGCCACUGAGGCUCCCUCCCCUUCACUCGGGCAGCCCGCAGCUUGGAGCAGUGCCGAGCUGAUGAGGCCUCAAAAGCUCAGCCCCCUCAUGCGGAACAGAACAAUGAUUUCACCCACCUCAUGAGGCUGUUGUGAGGACAAACGAAGUCAUAGGCAGGUGCUUGUCACGUGAGAACUGCUCUCUACGUAUGAGCUGUACCCUUGCUGUGGCUACUUUCUCCUGAACGGUGCCACCCAAGAGGGUGGUCACAGGGUCAGAGGCCUUCUCUCUAUCACCUCUUGUUUCUCUGGCAUAAAAAUGAGUUGGGAGCCGGGUCAGUAUUGCCUCAGCUAGAUAUCAGGGUUAACAAAAACAAGUCAUGCUGCAAGUAUGUACUCUUGAUAGGAUGUGAUGAAAAUGGCCCUUCACCUCUAGUCUUCCUCCCAACACACCAUAACCCCAAUAUAACCCCGAGAAGUACAUCAGACAAAUGCCGGUAGCGGGGCCU